GCUUCUUUUCCCCGUUCUGAAUCCUUGACUGGGUGUGUCAAUCAGUUUUUCAGAGCCGCGUGAAGUAUUCAUGCCAGUGCUCAUAGACGUCGGGUCUACUGUGUAUGUAAUUCAUGACUGCGCGUAAUAUAAGAGGUCCUCUCCUCUUUUUCUAGCUUUUGCUUUCUUUUCCCUCCCGUUUCCUGCUCUCUUUCUCUUUAUCAUUUUUCAUCCCCAGAUCUCUGAACUAAUUUCCGAUCAUCAGAACCACCUUCCUUAUCAUCAAAAUUUGCCUCUAAAUUCAUUGACGAUUUCUCCAAAUCUAGUAGCUUUUCUCUUGUCGGGUUCCACAUACAUAGAUCUAUAUAGAACUGGUGGUCACCUGUUGGACCACUAUCGCGAAACCUUGGCUGACUAACUUUGGGCUCAUACAUAUCAAAAGAGGAGGAAAGAGACAUAAAAGAACACAUAAUUUAGAGGUGAGAAGAUGACUCCAGCUAAUAACAUGUCCGGGCAGUUUGGAGAUACAACUUACACCAAAGUGUUUGUUGGUGGCUUGGCUUGGGAGACUCAGAAGGAGACCAUGAAAAAGUACUUUGAGCAGUUUGGUGAGAUCUUAGAGGCUGUGGUAAUCACUGAUAAGAUCAGUGGAAGAUCCAAAGGCUAUGGAUUUGUAACUUUUCGCGAACCUGAGGCAGCCACGAGAGCUUGUUUUGAUGCUGCUCCUGUAAUUGAUGGAAGGAGGGCAAAUUGCAAUCUUGCUUCUUUGGGAGUUCAAAGAUCUAAGCCAUCGACCCCAAAACAUGGAGGCAGAAACUUUAGGGUAAUGAGCUCUUUUCAGACAGCGCUUCAGGCAAGCGGAAUGGGAACAGCUUUUCCUUCUGCAGCAGCGUUCCCUCAUUAUGCCAUCCAACAAGGGAUACCUUAUAAUGUUUUUGGGUACUCUUCAUACUCGCCAGAUUAUAAUUAUCCCGCG